CCCACAGGCUCCUCUCACUUCACUACUCUACACCUACAUAUGCAGGAGGCUGAUGGUUCAUGUUGACUGGGGCGGGCGUGUGCAGGCCUGUGGAGGCCUCCAUUCCUUCGCUCCGUCCAGGGAGUGCCACUCCCUCCACCUGCUGCUGUCCGUCUGUCCCACAGAGCUGCACUUUAAAGCUGCGGUCAGACUCUGACAUAGACCAAGAGGACAGCCAUGUUUUCAGUCAGACCAGAGAUCCAGCCGUAAAAGACAAGAGGCGGUCGCCCCCCUCUAACAGGUCCCCCACCGCCCCACAACGCAACCCUCACCACAGCGGCUCCACAGACGAACAGGAGAGCCCCGAGAGAGUGGUGCAGAAGGAGAAGCUUCAUGCAGAGCUGAAACAGGUGUUGAGUCAGAAGAGAAGUCACCUGAGAGAGUCGACCUGCCAACUGGCCCAACCAGAGAUGGACUCAGAUCCCACAGAGGAACAGCCAAGUGUGGAGGAAGCCUCUAAGUCCGUGGAAAUCGUGGUGGAGACGGAGGCGGAGGCUGGAGCCAGCGGCUACAGUGUGACUGGUGGAGGAGAACGAGGGAUCUUUGUUAAAGACGUCCUCAAAGACUCUCCAGCUGCCAAACAUCUCAGUCUGCAGCAAGGUGACCAGCUGCUGAGUGCCAAGGUCUACUUCGACAAUGUCAAGUAUGAAGAUGCUCUGAAGAUCCUUCAGUGUGCGGAGCCGUAUAAGGUCAGCUUCCAACUGAAGAGGACCAUCCCUGGAGCAGAGGUCAGCGUGCGGCCUCGAGUUCCCAGUGUAGAGGUCAAAGGUCCCAGAGCAAAGAUGGCCAAAAUGAGUGUAAAAGGCAGCAAGCCGUUCAAGGCCAAGAAGAAAAGAGGUGGUCGUUUUGGUCUGAAGAGGCUGAAAGAAAAGCGGAGAGAGGAGCUGGUGAUAGAGGGAACACCCCCCAGGCUGGAGAUGAGUGACGUGGACGUGGAGUUUUCUCUCCCAAAAUUCAAACAGAGGAGGAGUGCGAAGGUCGAAGCAGAAGGAGCUGGAGGAGCAGCAGCCGCAGCAAAGGCGAAGAGGAGGAUCAGGUUCCCCCAUAUGAAAGCAAAGGGAGGAAAAGUGGAAACAGGACAACUUGAGGGACAGGUGAAUAUUUCUCCAUCUGAGAUACCUGGAGCUAAAGUGAAAACCAAACAGAAAGGACACACGUUUGGACUCACCUUUCCUAAGACCAAACACACAAAGUCAGGCACAGCUUUGGAAACUGGAUCUGUGGAGCUCAAGCCGCCAGGUGUGAACAUCCAGCCGCCAUCAGUGGAGUUCAGUUUGUCUGGUGAUAAAGACAUGGAUGUGGAGAAGGGAGGGCUCAAGUUUAACGCACCUGAUGUGGAGUUUGCACUCCCUUCGGGAAAAGCUGAGGCAUCUUUACCCACUGUGAAGGGAAAGGCAGAAAUGAAAGCUCCUAAAAUUGACAUCAAAGGAGGAGUUGAUGCAGCUGAGGGAAAAGCUGAUGUAGACAUAGGCAAAGGAGAUGUAAAGCUCAGAAUACCAAAGAUGAAACUACCAAAAGUUAGACUCUCACGCCAUUCAGAUGAAAUAGAUGGUGACAUCAAGGUAAAAGCUGAAGGGGUGAAACUGCCUCAUGCUAACAUAACACCUCCAAAAGUAGAAAUCAAAGGAGGUGGGGAAAUUGGUCUCCCCGAAGCAAAUAUGAGAAAACCAAAGAUGGAGGGAGCUCUCUCAGGAAAAGCUGCAUCUCUUCAAAUGCCCUCUGUUGAUAUUUCUUUACCAAAACCGAAGGGAAAGUCUAGCGUGGACAUCUCACUCCCAGAGUCUGAAGGAGCCGGGAAGACCACAAUCAAAAUGCCUGUCAUUGACAUCUCAAUACCUGAUGUUGAUUUGGAAUUGGAUACCGGACGGAAAAUUCCUGAUGAGGUGGAAGGCACUUUUAAAGGGCCCAAAAUCUCCAUGCCAAAGGUUGAUGUCUCAUUACCAAAGAUAGGAUCACCCAAUGUGGAUAUUGAAUGUCCAGACGGUGGAGGGAAAAUUAGUCUACCUUCCGUUGAUAUCUCUCUCCCGAAGGUGAAAACAGAGGGUGGGGAUGUGGAUAUGGACUAUUAUGUUGGUGGUGAUGGGAAAUUCAUUAUGCCUGAUUUUGACAUAUCUCUGCCAAAAAUUACAUCACCUGAAGGAGAAGUAAAUAUAAAAGGACAAGAGGUAGUGGAAGGCAUCAAGUUGCCCAAAGUAGACUUGACCCUUCCUAAAGGCAAAGCAGGAAUGACUGAUAUUGAAGGAGAAGGAAAAUUUAAGUUACCAUCACUUGACAUCUCCCUCCCUAAAAUGAACACAGGUGAGGUGGAAGUCGACCUGGAAGGCCAUGAAUGGAAAGGAGGUAAAUCUGAAAUGGCCAUACCUGACGUUUCUCUGCCCAAAGGCAAAAUGCAGGGAGACAUUGAAGUAGAAGGGCAUGUUGGGAAAGGAGGAAAAUUCAAAGUGCCUACCUUUGAUGUGUCUUUACCAAAACUAAAAAAACCAGAGGGUCAUGUGAACAUAGAGGGGCCAGAGUUUGAGGGUGGAGGUAAGACCCAGAUACCCUCUUUUGAUAUAUCUCUGCCAAAAGUAAAGAUGGGGGGUGACACUGGAGAGAAGCUCAAAAUGCCCUCACUGGAUGUGACACUCCCUAAGAUGGGGACACCCGGGGCUGAGGUUGACUUGCAAGGACCUGAUAUUAAAGGAGGGAAAGUGGAAGUGCCCUCAGUAGACAUUUCUUUACCAAAAGGUAAAUUCAAGGGUGAGGUUGAUGUAGAGGGAAAAGGAGGCAAGUUUAAAAUGCCUUCAUAUAAUAUAACUCUUCCAAAAAUGAAGUCAUCUGAGGGAGAGGUUGUUUUGGAAGGACCUAAAAUCAAAGGUGGAAAGGACAAGAUGCCUACUGCUGAUAUACCCGUUCCCCAAGGAAACCUAGAGGGAGAUUUGAACAUUGAUGGUGGUGAAGUAAAAGGAGGCAAAUCCAGCAUGCCCUCUGUAGACAUUUCUCUCCCAAAAAUGAAGCUACCUGAAGGAGAUGUGAAGCUAGAAUGCCCUGAACUUCCAAAUGUUGACUUUUCACUGCCCAAGGCAAACUUAGAGGGCAACAUGGAGCUCGAGGGUAGUGGUGGUAGCGGAGCCAAGUUCAAGAUGCCAACUUUUGACAUCUCACUCCCAAAGAUAAAAACCAAGGAGGUAGAUCUUGAACUUGAGGGACCUGAGGUCAAAGGAGGAGUAAAGUUCAACAUGCCAUCACCGGACAUCUCUCUUCCUACAAUGAAAUCAGCAGAGGGGGAGGUAAAAAUCGAAGGUCCUGAAACCACAGGAGGAAAGUUCCCGAUGACUUCUUUACAUGUGUCACUACCAAAGAUCAAAUCACAGGGAAGUGACAUUGAAGGUCCUGAGUUUAAGGUUAAGUCACCAAAGGCAGAUGUAGACCUAAAGGGAAGUGAGAUUAAAGGAGGGAAAAUUAACAUGCCUACAACUGAUAUCUCUCUUCCAAAAGGAAAAGCAGAAGGUAAGAUAGAUAUUGAAGGACCCUCAGGAAUAGGAGGCAAGUUUAAAAUGCCUACAUUUGAUGUAUCCCUACCAAAGAUGAAGAUGCCUGAGGGAAAUAUUGGCCUUGAGGGACCCUCAGUUGAUAUCUCUAUUCCAAAAGGAAAAUCAGAGGGUGGCAUUGAGGCUAAAAGUAAAGGAGGACAUUUUCAUAUGCCCUCAAUUGAUCUUUCUCUCCCUAAAAUAAAAUCAAAGCGAGGUGACAUCAACAUGGAGGGAUCAAAAAUCAAACGUGGGGAUAUUAAAACGCCAACUAUUGAUAUCUCACCCCCUCAAGGAACAUUAGAGGGUGAUAUCACUGUCGAAGGUGAAGGAAAAGGAGGCAAAUUCAGCCUGCCUUCUGUAAACAUCACCCUCCCUGCAGUAAAAUUCCCUGAAGGAGAUGUGAAUGUUCAAGGUCCGAAAGUCAGAGGUGGGAAGUUUGAAAUGCCAAAAUUCAACAUCUUGCUUCCUAAAGGUAAAGCAAAGGGGGACAUUGAUAUUGACAUUCGCUCGGGAAAAGAUGGGAAUAUUGAAAUACCGUCCUAUGAUAUUGGAGUUUCUAAAGGAAAAGUCAAAGGUGACAUAAAUGUUGAAGGUCCUGAAGGAAAAGGGGGGAAGAUAAAAAUGCCAAAAUUUGACAUUUCAUUACCAAAGGUAAAUUUUCCUGAAGGUGAUGUCAAACUAAAAGGGUCUGACAUCAAGGGCAGGAAGAUUGAGAUGCCAGACAUUGAUAUUUCCCUCCCCAAAGGGAAAGCAGAAGGAGAAAUUGAAGGACAUGCUGGAAAAGGAGACAAGUUCCAUAUGCCCUCUAUUGAUAUCUCUCUACCUAAAAUGAAAGCUAAGGGACCAGAGAUCAACAUAGAAGGUCCUGAACUUAAGGGAGGAAAAAUCAACAUGCCAGACAUCGACCUUUCACUUCCAAAAGGAAAGGCUGACGCUGACCUCAGUAUUGAGGGUCCUGAGGUAAAGGGAGGCAAAUUGAAAAUGCCCAAAUUUGACGUUUCACUGCCAAAGAUGAACAUGCCAGAGGGAAAUUUGGAAAUGACAACAGCUGAUAUUUCACUCCCAAAAGGAACAGCAGAGGCAGAUGAUGACAUUGAGGGACAUGGUGGUAAAGGAGCCAAGUUUCACAUGCCCUCAAUUGAUAUCCAUCUUCCUAAAAUAAAAACAAAGGGAGUUGAUGUUGAUAUUGAAGGACCUGAACUUAAAGGUGACUUUUCACUUCCAGAGGGAAAAUUUGAGAGUGACCUAAAUGUUGAAGGCCCUGAGGUAAAAGGGGGUAAAAUUAAAAUGCCAAAAUUUGAUGUCUCAUUGCCAAAAGUCAAUCUCCCAGAGGGUGAUGUCAAGAUAAAGGGCCCAGACAUCAAGGGAGGGAAGAUUGAGAUGCCAGACAUUGAUAUUUCACUUCCCAAGGGAAAAGCAGGAGGAGAAAUUGAAAUUGAAGGACAUGCUGGCAAAGGGGGCAAGUUCCAUAUGCCCUCUAUUGAUAUCUCUCUUCCUAAAAUGAAAGCUAAGGGACCAGAUAUAAAUGUUAAAGGCCCUGAAGUUAAAGGAGGAAAGCUAAACAUGCCAUCACUUGAUGUUUCUGUGCCCAAAAUAAAAUCUCCUGAUGUAGAUGUCAGCCUUGACAGUCCUGAUCUUAAAGGAGGAAAGGUCAGCAUCCCAACUAUUGACAUUUCACUUCCCAAAGGAAAAGUUGAGGGUGACAUGAAUGUUGAAGCCCAUGAGGUGAAAGGGGGGAAAUUCAAAAUGCCCAAAUUUGAUGUUUCUUUACCAAAAGUGAGUCUCCCAAAGGUUGAUGCCAAUGUGGAAGGACCAGACAUGAAAGGAACAAUUGAAAUGCCAACUGUUGAUAUUUCACUUCCAAAAGGAAAAGUUGAGGGUGACAUAAAUGUUGAAGGCCCUGAGGUGAAAGGGGGGAAAUUCAAAAUGCCCAAAUUUGAUGUUUCUUUACCAAAAGUGAGUCUCCCAAAGGUCGAUGCCAAUGUGGAAGGACCAGACAUGAAAGGAACAAUCGAAAUGCCAUCUGUUGAUAUUUCACUUCCAAAAGGAAAAGUUGAGGGUGACAUGAAUGUUGAAGGCCCUGAGGUGAAAGGGGGGAAAUUCAAGAUGCCCAAAUUUGAUGUUUCUUUACCAAAAGUGAGUCUCCCAAAGAUUGAUGCCAAUGUGGAAGCACCAGACAUGAAAGGAAAAAUUGAAAUGCCAACUGUUGAUAUUUCAAUUCCCAAAGGGAAGCCAGAUGUGGAUAUUGACAUUGAUGGGCAAAGUGGAAAACGAGGCAAGUUUCACAUGCCCUCAGUUAAUAUAUCUCUUCCUAAAAUUAAAGCAAAGGGAGUUGAUGUUGAUAUUCAAGGACCUGAAGUCAAAAGUGACAUGUCAAUCCCUAAAAUUAAGUCUCCAGAGGUAGAUAUCAGCCUUGAGGGUCCUGAUGUUAAAGGAGGAAAGUUUAACAUGCCAACUGUUGACAUUUCACUCCCCAAAGGAAAAGUUGAGGGUGGCCUUGAUGUCAAGGGCCCUGAGGUGAAGGGGGGUAAGUUUAAAAUGCCAAAAUUUGAUGUGUCUCUACCAAAAGUGAGUCUUCCAGAAGGUGAUGUCAAACUAAAAGGCCCAGACAUCAAGGGAGGGAAGAUUGAGAUGCCAGACAUUGAUAUUUCACUUCCCAAAGGGAAAGCAGAAGGAGAAUUUGAAGGACAUGCUGGAAAAGGAGGAAAGUUCCAUAUGCCCUCUAUUGAUAUCUCUCUUCCUAAAAUGAAAGCUAAGGGACCAGAGAUCAACAUAGAAGGUCCUGAACUUAAGGGAGGAAAAAUCAACAUGCCAGACAUCGACCUUUCACUUCCAAAAGGAAAGGCUGACGCUGACCUCAGUAUUGAGGGUCCUGAGGUAAAAGGAGGCAAAUUGAAAAUGCCCAAAUUUGACGUUUCACUUCCAAAGAUGAACAUGCCAGAGGGAAAUUUGGAAAUGACAACAGCUGAUAUUUCACUCCCAAAAGGAACAGUAAAGGCCGAUGUUGACAUUGAGGGACAUGGUGGUAGAGGAGCUAAGUUUCACAUGCCCUCAGUUAAUAUCCAUCUUCCCAAAAUAAAAACAAAAGUAGUUGAUGUUGAACUUGAAGGACCUGAACUUAAAGGUGACUUUUCACUUCCAGAAGGAAAAUUUGAGAGUGACCUAAAUGUUGAAGGCUAUGAGGUAAAAGGGGGAAAAAUUAAAAUGCCAAAAUUUGAUGUCUCAUUGCCAAAAGUCAAUCUCCCAGAGGGUGAUGUAAAAAUAAAAGGCCCAGACAUCAAGGGAGGGAAGAUUGAGAUGCCAGACAUUGAUAUUUCACUUCCCAAGGGAAAAGCAGGAGGAGAAAUUGAAAUUGAAGGACAUGCUGGCAAAGGGGGCAAGUUCCACAUGCCCUCUAUUGAUAUCUCUCUUCCUAAAAUGAAAGCUAAGGGACCAGAUAUAAAUGUUAAAGGCCCUGAAGUUAAAGGAAGAAAGCUAAACAUGCCAUCACUUGAUGUUUCUGUGCCCAAAAUAAAAUCUCCUGAUGUAGAUGUCAGCCUUGACAGUCCUGAUCUUAAAGGAGGAAAGGUCAGCAUCCCAACUAUUGACAUUUCACUUCCCAAAGGAAAAGUUGAGGGUGACAUGAAUGUUGAAGCCCAUGAGGUGAAAGGGGGGAAAUUCAAAAUGCCCAAAUUUGAUGUUUCUUUACCAAAAGUGAGUCUCCCGAAGGUCGAUGCCAAUGUGGAAGGACCAGACAUGAAAGGAACAAUUGAAAUGCCAACUGUUGAUAUUUCACUUCCGAAAGGAAAAGUUGAGGGUGACAUAAAUGUUGAAGGCCCUGAGGUGAAAGGGGGGAAAUUCAAAAUGCCCAAAUUUGAUGUUUCUUUACCAAAAGUGAGUCUCCCAAAGGUCGAUGCCAAUGUGGAAGGACCAGACAUGAAAGGAACAAUUGAAAUGCCAUCUGUUGAUAUUUCACUUCCAAAAGGAAAAGUUGAGGGUGACAUGAAUGUUGAAGGCCCUGAGGUCAAAGGGGGGAAAUUCAAGAUGCCCAAAUUUGAUGUUUCUUUACCAAAAGUGAGUCUCCCAAAGAUUGAUGCCAAUGUGGAAGCACCAGACAUGAAAGGAAAAAUUGAAAUGCCAACUGUUGAUAUUUCAAUUCCCAAAGGAAAGGCAGAUGUAGAUAUUGACAUUGAUGGGCAAAGUGGUAAAGGAGGCAAGUUUCACAUGCCCUCAGUUAAUAUAUCUCUUCCUAAAAUUAAAGCAAAGGGAGUUGAUGUUGAUAUUCAAGGACCUGAAGUCAAAAGUGACAUGUCAAUCCCUAAAAUUAAGUCUCCAGAGGUAGAUAUCAGCCUUGAGGGUCCUGAUGUUAAAGGAGGAAAGUUUAACAUACCAACUGCUGACAUUUCACUCCCCAAAGGAAAAGUUGAGGGUGGCCUUGAUGUCAAGGGCCCUGAGGUGAAGGGGGGUAAGUUUAAAAUGCCAAAAUUUGAUGUGUCUCUACCAAAAGUGAGUCUUCCAGAAGGUGAUGUCAAACUAAAAGGCCCAGACAUCGAGGGAGGGAAGAUUGAGAUGCCAGACAUUGAUAUAUCACUUCCCAAAGGGAAAGCAGAAGGAGAAAUUGAAGGACAUGCUGGAAAAGGAGGCAAGUUCCAUAUGCCCUCUAUUGAUAUCUCUCUACCUAAAAUGAAAGCUAAGGGACCAGAGAUCAACAUAGAAGGUCCUGAACUUAAGGGAGGAAAAAUCAACAUGCCAGACAUCGACCUUUCACUUCCAAAAGGAAAGGCUGACGCUGACCUCAGUAUUGAGGGUCCUGAGGUAAAAGGAGGCAAAUUGAAAAUGCCCAAAUUUGACGUUUCACUUCCAAAGAUGAACAUGCCAGAGGGCAGUGUCAAAGUGGAGGGGCCGGAGAUGAAAGGAGGAAAUAUGCCAGCAAUGCCAACUGUUGACAUAUCAGUUCCAGUGGGGAAAGUGGAGGGAGAUAUCAAUAUUGAAGGACCAUCUGGAAAGGGAAAGUUUGAAGUACCAAAAGUUGACUUAUAUGGUAAGAAAGGUGGUGGGCUCCACAUGCCUACUCUUGACAUAAAUCUCCCCAAAUUUGACCUCAGCUUCUCCUCUGGUCUAAAAGACAAAAGCCUCAAAGUGGACAGCAGUUGUCCUGAUGCAUCAGGGGAUUUGGAGAUGUUUGGUCUCAAAGGAGAUAUUAAACCAGCCAAGUUGAAAGUUAAAGUUCCAGACACUGAAAUAGGUGGUGUAGAAGGUCCAGGUGCAUCCCUCAAACUUCCUUCGGUCAAACUACCUACAGUUGACAUUGCAGCUCCAAAGGUGGAUUUAGACUUUGGCCUCACAAAACCUAAAGGUGACGAUGUGGAAGUGGAGCUUCUGAAAGCAGAGGGAGGCAGGCCUUCUUCGGGGGGCAGCUUUGAUUUACCUGAUGUCUCCCUCAAAGUCCCCAGUUUUUCUUUUCCCAGGUUUGGUGGAAAGUCCAAGAGUGGUGAUUUGGAGAUAUCAGGACAAGCCCCCAAGGGAGAUGUUUCCCUCAGCCCACCACAUGUGGAAGGAGAGAUUAGGGAACCAUCAGUAGAGUUUGACCGGGAUGGAAAAGUCAAGAUGAAAAAACCUAAAAUCAAAAUGCCCUCAUUUGGAAUAUCCAAAAAGGAUUCAGAUGCAUCCGUGUCUUGUCCUGAUGUAGAUGUUAAAGUGAAAAAGGGAAAAAUUGACAUUCCAAAACCAGAAAUUGAUGUUGAGAGACCAGACAAUAAAUCAAAGUACAAAGUGAAAUUCCCCAAGUUUAAGAUAUCGUCACCAAAAGGUCAACUGCCAGAGGGAGAGUUUGAUGCUAAACUGGAGGCAGAUGUGGAAGGGAAAGGUGGCUUCCAUGCACCUGACAUCACUAUCAAACUACCAAAGUUCUCCAUGCCAGGAUUUGGAUCAAAAGAAAAAGAUUUAGGUAAGACAAAGGGUGAGCUUGAAGCUAAGGCCAAGGUCAAGAUGCCCUCUGUUGAGCUGUCACUACCAGCAGCUAAAACACCAGAGACUGAAGUUCUUCUCCCCAAAGCAGAAGUUGAUGUCUCAGAGGCUGAUAUCAAAGGUUAUGAGGGAAACCUUAAAAUUCCCAAAAUGCCAACUAUUGAUGUUUCCAUUCCCAAAAUAGAUCUGGAUGUAUCCCUGCCGAAAAGAAAGUUCCAAAAGAUUGAAGGACCAGAGGUGGAAAUAAAAGGAACUAAUGGAAAAUUUGAAAUGCCUCACAUGACAAUGCCAUCAAUAGAUGUGUCCCUUCCCAAAGGGAAAUUUGGAGAUCUUGAUGCACCAGACAUUGAAAUAGAUGGCGAUGGUAAAUUUAAGAUUCCUGAUCUCAAAAUGCCCAGUGUUGACAUGACGUUGCCAAAAACAAAAACUGGACAAAUUGACACUCCGGAUCUUGAUGUAGAAAGGGGGGGGGGCAAAUUCAGAAUGCCUGGUAUGAAAAUGCCGAACUUUGACAUAUCUCUGCCCAAAGGAAAGACCGGUAAAUUAGAAGGACCAGAUCUUGAAAUUGAGGGAGGGGGAAAGUUGAAGAUGACACACGUCAAAAUGCCACAUGUUGACAUUAACCUGCCAAAAGUGAAAACUGCCGAGGUUGAUACACCAGAUUUGGAUGUGGGUGAGGGAGGAGGAGCGAAAUUCACAAUCCCCCAUUUUAAUAUGCCUUCAGUUGAUAUUUCACUCCCAAAAGCAAAGAUUGACAGCCCAGAAGAUGAAAUUGCGGGAGGUACAGAAGGAAAGUUCAAAAUGCCUCACAUGAAAAUGCCCAAUAUCAACAUCUCUCUUCCAAAGGGAAAACUCAAAGGCAUUGAAACACCUGGAAUAGAAAGGGAGGGACAAGGAGAAGGAAAAUUCAAAUUUACUCACAUGAAAAGGCCAGAUGUUGAUAUCUCAUUGUCCAAAGGAAAGAUUGAAGGCCCAGAUGUUGAAAUGAGAGGAGAUGGAGAAGGAGGAAAAUUCAAAAUGCCUCACAUGAAAAUGCCAGAUUUUGACAUCUCUCUGCCCAAAGGAAAGAUUGAAGGUCCAGAGGUGGAGCUAAAAGGGGAAGGUGGAAAAUUCCAGAUGCCAACUCUGAGCAUGCCCUCUGUUGAUAUUUCACUUCCUAAAGGAAAGGUUGAAGGUCCAGAUGUUGAGAUGGAGAGAGGAACAGGGGGAAGGUUCAAUAGACCUCAUUGGAAAAUGCCAAAUGUUAGUAUCUCUCUGCCCAAAGGACAAAUUGAAGGUCCAGAUGUUGAAGUGAAGGGAGAUGGUGGAGGAAAAUUCAAGAUGCCUCAUAUGAAAAUGCCAGAUGUUGACAUCUCUCUGCCUAAAGGAAAAGUAGAAGGUCCAGAGAUGGAGUUUAAAGGAGAAGGUGGGAAAUUUAAGAUACCUCACAUCAGUAUGCCCUCUUUCGAUAUUCCACUGUCUAAGGGAAAAUUCGAAGGUCCAGAAGUUGAGAUCGAGGGAGAUGGAGGAGGAAAAUUCAAAACACCUCAUGUGAAAAUGCCAGAUGUUGAUGUCUCUUUGCCCAAAGGAAAGAUUGAAGGUCCAGAAGUGGAGAUGAAAGGGGAGUGUGGAAAAUUCAAGAUGCCACAUCUAAGCAUGCCCUCUGUUGAUAUUUCACUGCCUAAAGGAAAAAUCCAUGGUCCAGAAGUUGAGAUCGAGGGAGAUGGAGGAGGAAAAUUCAAAACUCCUGAUGUGAAAAUGCCAGAUGUUGAUAUCUCACUGCCCAAAGGGAAGAUUGAAGGACCAGAAGUGGAGAUGAAAGCGGAAGGUGGAAAAUUCAAGAUGCCACAUCUCAGCAUGCCCUCUGUUGAUAUUUCACUGCCUAAAGGAAAACUCCAAGGUCCAGAAGUUGAGAUUGAGGGAGAUGCAGGUGGAAAAUUCAAAAUGCCUCAUGUAAAAAUGCCAGAUGUUGACAUCUCGCUGCACAAAGGAAAAAGUGGUAAAAUUGAAGGAGCAGAGCUUGAGAUUGAGGGAGGGGGAGGCAAAUCUAUAAUGCCACAAAUGACAAUGCCCUCAGUAAACAUUUCACAGCCAAAAGGAAAGACUGAAGGUACCAAACUUGAAAUUAAAAGUGAGGCGGGAAAGUUCAAGAUGCCAAAAGUUGACAUAUCUCUUCCCAAAGGAAAAUCUUCAAUUGAAGGUCCAGAGAUGGAGAUUAAGGGAGAUGGAGGACAGUUCAAGAUGGCUAAUGUGAACAUAUCUUUCCCUAAAGGAAAAGCAAAUAUUGACACACCAGAGGAGAGAGUGGAGGCAGAAGGGGGUACCAUCAAGCUUCCACAUAUCAAGAUGCCAAAAGUUGAUAUUUCACUUCCUAAAGGUAAAAGUAAAGAUACUGAGGCAUUUGCUGUAGAAAGUGAAGUCACAGGAGGAAAGUUCAAGGGUCCAGAUGUUAAACUUCCAAAGGGGGAUAUAUCAGUGCCGAAAGGUACAUCAUGUGAAGCGGAGAUCAACUUACCAACCAUUGAGGCAGGAGGAAAAAUUAAAGUGCCAAUAGUCACAUCGCCAGAUCUAGAUAUCAGUGUGACACCUAGUAAACCUAAACAAGAAACAGAGGCUCAUGGGGAAGCUGAUUUGCAUAUUGAGGGAGAGCACAAAGGUCUGAAACUUAAGAUGCCAACAAUAGAUAUUAAAGGUCCAAAAGGUGACUUGGAGCUUGAUAUAGGACUUCAUAGAGGAGAGGGCAAGAAGGACAGGAAAAAAGUUGAACUACCUGACUUGGAUCUCAACACAGCAGGAACCAGCAGCAAAGUAAAGGGGCCUAAAGUCAAAGGUACAAAAUUCAAGAUUGGAAUGCCAAAAAAGAAAACUGGGAGAGAUGUAACAGCAGAAGCGCAAACAUGCAAAAACGGUGACGAUGAGGAGCUAGGUGGUCAAGUCAAACACAGUUGCAAGGUUAAAGAAAGAUUUGAGUAUGAAGUUGAAGUUGAAACUCACAAUGGACAUAAAGAGGACAAAGAUUGUAUUAACAUGACAGCGCAAGAGGUUACAUUACCAGGUGUUAGUCUGAAAACCAAACUAGGCUCAGCCAACCUAAAAGCAGGCCCCAGGAUCCCCGAUAUAGAGUUUGAUAUUGGAACAUCACAAUAUGAAGAUGAUGUUAAAACAGAAAAAGGCAAGAAGAUCAAAAUCCCUAAGUUUGGUGUCCCAUUACCCUCCAUUUCCUCUCCCGAGGGAAGAAUCUAUGGGCCAGAAAUUCAGUAUGAGGGCCCUAAAAUGCCCAAAGUAAAGAAAGCUGUUUUUGUCUUGGUAGAUCCUCCCCAAAUAGAUGAACCUGUUCCAUGCACAGGUCUCCUAGAAGAGGAGACAACAGCUGAGGCUGAAACAGGAGACAUCAAAGUGAAAUUGCCCAAAAUCAAAAUGAAGCCAAACUUUGGUAAGUCCAAAGAUAAAUCAGCUCCUGUGAGCACAGAGAGAGCGGGGGAGGGAGAGCACAAGUCAAAGGGAGGGAAGAUUAAAAUGCCCAAAGUGUCAUUUUCUCCUGGCAAAUCGGGGUCAUUUGAUGUCACUCUCAAGGGAGAAGGUUCAAGUUCAAGUCUCAACGGUGAAAAAGAUGCAAGUCCUCAGAAGGGCUCCAAGGACGAUAAAGGGACAUACAGUAGUAAAAUCAAACUUCCAAAGGUGGAGGUCACCAGUCCAUAUGGCAAGAUGGCUGCUGGGGCAGACACAGAAACGAGUGUGAAACUGGGAAAGGGUGCAUCAACAGCAGAAGCGGAGGGAGAUGCUAAAGGGCUUGAAGAAAUUUCAGGCAAGAUGUCCUUCGCAGGUUUCAGUGAGGAGUCUUCAAAAGAUGUGGUGUCAUCUCAUGCCAGAACAGAUAUGCUGGACAGGGACAGCUCAGAGUCUCCUGCUGGUUCUACCAUGGAGUUCAACUCAACAAAGGUCCAGGCUUGGAGUGAGGUGGAGAGCAAAAGCAAAGAGUCUGAAGAAAGAGAGUCUUCCCCCUGGUUCAAGGUCCCUAAGUUGACCCUGAAGCCACACUCCACAGGCUUCCUCCAGAUAACCCCAGAGGGUUCCCCUCAGGCCCAGCGGAAGGGAGAGGUGGGAGGUGAGGUUGACGUCUUGGGAUCCUUCUGCCUCCACACCUCAGGGCUUGACUUCACCACCCAGGAACUGUCGGAAGAGCACCAAGUCUCCUCAACCGAGGAGGGAACUGUCACCUUGGUGACCAAGACCACCAGAAUCACCCAGCGCAUGGUUACCACGGAAACGCGAACAGGUGAAUCUUCGACAACCCCGACAACAACUCCACAGGUGUCAAACUUCAACUACUGAGGAUGCUGAAUUGAUAUCUUAAAUGUCUUUUAAUUUUUUUGUUUUUCUUUGGUGAGGUUGCAGUGUUCUUGUAAGCUAAGCCUGCAACAUGGCAAACCUCUCUUAAGGAAAAGUCUUUAUUUUAUAUUUUAAUAGGUAAAGUAUGAAUGUGAUGAAAAGCAAUGACAUUUCAUCAACCACCAAUAUCGUCAUUAUUACAGUAACAGAGUAAUAUAUACUUCCUUUUUUUUCAUUUUAAAUGUGACUAUUUUUCGUUACUGUUCUUUGAGUUUUGUUAGUUUAGUCCUAAUUAUCUAUCAGAAUUUGUUUGGUUUUAAAGGUUUCACUCUAAAUGUAAACAUGUCAGAUUGCUUCAUUAUUUAUUGUUGUUUGUGUGUACAAAAUGUGCUGGAAUGAGUCAUUCACUCACAUCAGCAUCAUGGAUUUGACCAUGAGUUUCUGAUUAGUUCAAAAUAAUUCAUUUUGAACCACUACAGUACAGGCCAGAGUAAUAUUUAUGUAAAUACAACUAUAUAAUUGCUUUUUUGAAGCAGUAGCCCUUCAAUCCGAAAUGUAAUUAUUUUCAUAUUCACCAGAGUCAGGAGUAGAAAUUAUAUUUUUUUGACCUUAUAACCUAUUUUGUUUGUCUUGAAGGAAAAGUGUGAGCUUUUUGAGAUUAUGGCCAAUUCUCAUUUUCUGCCAUAGUUUUAUAUUUUGAGCAUUUAGCUGGUGCUGUUACCCAGAGAUAGUCACAGUGAGUGAGCUGGACACUCUGGACUCUAUCUGCUGUGGGGAUCUAACCUGUGACCACUUGGUUACAGGUUGUUCUCAAACAUUUAGGCCAAACCUGCUGCUAAUAUAUCUUAUAUUGUGUUUUUAUUGUUCACUGCCACAAAAAGACACCACUGUAUAUCUUGUGACUGAGGCUUUGGCUUCAAGAUACACCCGACUGAUGCUGAUGUUUUGAAACUCAGCUAUUAACUGUGUUGAGGUGCAAAACAUCGACAGCAAGCCGGAAGGAAAUUUGGUGAUUUAUGGGUGCUGUUGGGCGCUUUAACAAAAUAACUGAGAGGAGUUUUAAAGGUAAAACCGUAACCCCGUUUUCUCUCGACCAGUGAAUAAUCGCCGUCUGGGAUGGGGUUCAAGGCAUGUUUUCCUUUUGAUUAAAAUGUCUUCAGUAACCUGACAUUCUUCUGUUUCUUAUAUGAAUAUUUCUGAAGAUGUUACAGAAUAACUUACAGAUGUUAAAAUGAUUAAUGAGAGAUAAGAGAGAGAGAGAAAGUUUAAUUUAAUUUUAUUAAGUGCCUUUACCCCUUAAUUUUCAAAAAGUGUUUCCUCCAUUUAAAAUAUAAAUUGUUUUGAAAUGCAGGGAGAAAAGCCUUGUGCUGUCUUUUAUUUUAUAUUUCAUAAGGUUCAUUCCCAAAUGCAGUACUUACCAUUUAAAAAAAAAAAAAAAAAACAGCUACUGUAAUGUA